AAAUAUGAGUUUUUCGGUGAAUAAGAGAGGAAAAGUUACGCCCAAAAAAAAUUGGUUAAUUUGGUGAGGAUGUGAUAGCCAAAACCACAGGGCUUCACAAUAGUCUAUAUUACGGCAUCACCACAAAAAAUAUUCUACUACCUUUAGCUGAGUGAUCCACUUGAGUUAUUUUUUACUCCUUUGCGUUGUCUGUUUUGUGUUUUUUUUAUGGAGCGGAGGUAUCAACUGUUGUUAAUGCGUAAAUUGACACAAGCCGCUCAUUUUUGGACAAACACCCCCAGCGGGUUUGUAGAAAAGGCGAGGAAGGCUCAAUUGUGAAUCCGCUCAGUUAAAUGCAAAUAGCAGACGUGUGCAUAAGGUGAGGUUCAACGACUGUGGAGUCGUGUUCCGUCACACCCACUUGCCGCCUCAUCCGUUUAACUGCUGGUGAAGUUGAGAGUGAGUUGGCAUUUCUUGACGUGUUAUUUUGGAAGGUCUGUACAGUCUUUGUGUUGAACAGUAAACCGCUUUAUUCAAGAACAAAUAAUUUCCCCUUUGCCUCUUGUACUUGUGACGAAUGAGCGCGGCUCUUCAAGGAUAUCGAUAUACAGUGGGAGGUCCCAAAAGGCAACAGAUGCCAGACCACAAUUCCUCCCCAUAUGGCCGCCGGGUGGCCCCUCAGGAACCUGAUGCGUGAAAUCAACUCAUCCAUAUUAUGUUGUUUGCAGCGGAACACGAUCGGGAAAUUGUGAUGAGAGAGCCACCCCCCGUUGGGCUAAUGCCGUUGUGGUUAGAGCUCAGUUGAUUGAUAAAACAGCAGGUGUAACCACCAUUCUUUUCCUUUUUUUGCAAACAUUUAAAAUGUCGUUCAUGUUCAGGAGCAGGCCUUGUCUGCCGGGCUAAAUAUCAAAGUACUGAACUGAAAAGUUUACUCGCAUCUCCGAUCAAAAUCAUUCGUAAAAAUUUGUCGACACGUGUUAUCAGCAUCUCUGGUGAGUAGAUACAGUAUUGAUGAGUCAGGUAGGUCCUCGUUCAAGGCCCAGGUGCCAAACUCACCUUUGCGUCGGAGUAGUCAUUGUGACUAUUUAAUCCUUAUCAUGUAGAAGUCGCACAGAAUCUUCAUUUGAGGUCAGUACGUUUUUGGUGUUCGCUGAUGGUUGUUGCGCAUAUCCCACCGCUGGCCUGGCGUUGCACGCACGUGCCACUAGGCGGCGUGUUUUAGUGGUGAUCGGCAUCCAGUGGUCAUCUCAGAUUCCUCAGCGUCGGAGUGGCUUCAGCAUCCACGCGCAGCUCUCCCGCAAUUUCCCGCCCGUGAGUGCCUCGUUGCAUCUUGUGCUGGUCUGCACUGUUGAAGGGGACUUCUGGUGAGGAACAUGGAAUAACGGACAUCUUCUGAACGAGACGACACUUUGGACCAGGCGCAAAUGGAUGAAGCAAAUGAGAAAUCAGAAGAUGUCAUCUCUAUGGCCGAUUCCUCAAUCACACUCGAGGACAUCGAAGGGGAGCUGUUCAAAAUUGAGCGACUACGAAACGUCCUCGUGCGGCGAGAGUCAGAGUUGAGAUACAUGAUGGAAGACUUUCAGUUGUGUAAUGAAAUCACAAGGCUGAAGAGAGAGCUGCAGAAACUGGUUUCAGUCCCAGACCGAGACAAGUCCAAGGAGGAUCGGACGAGGGAGGAGGAGCUGCUGCGGCAGAUCAGCAAGCUGGUGGAGACCAGAGACUUCCUUGUAGAUGAUGUGGAAUUUGAGCGGCUCAGAGAGAGAGAAGAAGACCGAGAAAUGGCAGCUUUCUUGCAGCCCAAGCUCCACAACACUCCGGGCACCAAAGGCGCUCUGCAAGACCAGAAGGUGAUGUCCAAAGCUACACGCACACCAGCACCCUUUAUCUCCAAAACUGGACUAACGCUACUGAAAGACUGCUGCGGCGUCACGUGCGCCAUCAUGUAACACAUCUCGCGCGCAUGCCUACACUUCAUUGCAUCUUGUAUGCAUUUUGAAGUGAUGAAAAUUCUUGGGAGUGAGCAUAUGUCCUCAAAGUAGAAAAACUUUUGGUGUACGUGCUACCCUAAUGUUGCAUGAAAAGAUCUUUUGAGCUUCAAGCGUUUGUACGAUCCUAAUUGUCCUAUUUGUAAUGUGAUCUCAUUAAGUGACCCACGGGAGGGAACCGGAAUGAAGUCUUUUUGUAAUAUGGUGGCUGUUUGGCAGGGCAAUUACCGCCACUCUUAUUAUCAAGCUUAAGGCUGUGUGUGACUCCUUACUUUCAUUUUUGAUUUCCUCACGGUACUGCAGUAACACAGAGUGAGUAUCAAAGAGUUCGUGUUGUGCAAAAAUAAAGAUCGGCGUCAUAAAAAAAUGCUUGUGGUUUGUUUCAGGUACAUUCAAACCCUGUUUCGUGACUUAUGCGUCAGAAAGAUGAAUGUUAUGUCAAAUAUCGCACGAGCAUGCAAUCGGAUCACUGCAUUUGAGGAUCAUGUUCGCUGUGGCGAGAUGUUCUCGCUCCUCGGCUGUAUUCCUUUGCCCCACAACUUGAUGCAGACACACACUCUGCAGUCCUAGAUGACUCAUACAGUGGGUGGUCUUAAGAAGCAUCCCCUCCUGCUCUCCUGGUUCAAGCGAAGUGAACAUCGCGGCAUCAUCAUUAAAACAAAAUCCCAAUGGAGCAUUCAUUUUUAAAAAAAAAAUC